GGCGUUACGUAAGCGCCCGCCUCCGCGGCGGGGCCGAGCUCCGUGGUUGGUCCUGGGCAGGCGGAAGCGGCGCCGCCCCCGGACGGUGGCGGGUUGGCGGGAAGGGCCGGCGAGGCCUACGGGUGGGACUUGUCGUGCUUGGGUUGCGGCGGAUUCCUGUGCGCGGCCGUGUUCGGCCUAACGGCUGGGCUGAGUUGGGGAGGCGGUGAGGUGAAGGAGGCAGCUGGGCCGGGGCCGGCUCAGACCAGCCGGAGCCAUGCAGGCCUUCCUCAAGGGCCCAUCUGCCAUCAGCACCAAGCCCCUCGCUGCCAAGGAGAGGGGUGCGGCCGGCGCAGCGGGCAGCAGCGGGGAGGGCAAGAGGCCCAAACCCAUCCCCUGGGUGGAGAAAUAUCGCCCCAAAAAUGUGGAUGAAGUUGCCUUCCAGGAUGAAGUUGUUGCUGUGCUGAAAAAGUCCUUGGAAGGUGCUGAUCUUCCCAAUCUGUUGUUCUAUGGCCCACCUGGAACUGGAAAGACUUCCACUAUUUUAGCAGCUGCUAGAGAACUCUAUGGGCCUGAAUUAUUCCGGCAAAGAGUCCUUGAGUUAAAUGCCUCUGAUGAGCGUGGAAUCCAAGUAAUUCGGGAAAAAGUGAAGGCUUUUGCUCAGCUUACUGCAUCUGGAAGCCGUUCAGAUGGUAAAGUUUGUCCUCCUUUUAAAAUUGUAAUCCUGGAUGAAGCAGACUCAAUGACUUCAGCAGCUCAGGCAGCCUUAAGACGCACAAUGGAGAAGGAAUCUAAAACAACACGUUUCUGCCUUAUUUGUAACUACAUCAGCAGAAUAAUUGAACCUUUAACAUCUCGAUGCUCCAAAUUCCGCUUCAAGCCUUUAUCAGACAAAAUCCAACAGCAGAGGCUGUUGGAUGUUUCUGAGAAGGAACAAGUGAAAAUCAGUAAUGAGGCAGUGUCGUACCUUGUUAAAGUGUCGGAAGGGGACUUAAGAAAAGCAAUUACUUUUCUUCAAAGUGCCACUCGCCUAAUGGGUGGGAAAGAGAUCACAGAGAAGAUAGUCACUGAAAUUGCUGGGGUCAUCCCUAGAGAAAAAAUUGAUGAACUGCUGUCUGUCUGCUGGAGUGCUUCAUUUGAGAAACUGGAAACACUGGCAAAGAAUCUCAUAAAUGAAGGGUAUGCUGUUGCUCAGCUUGUAAGCCAGCUGCAUGAUGCUGUUGUUGAGAGUGAAAAUUACAGUGACAAGCAGAAAUCUGUCAUAGUCGAGAAACUUGCGGAAGUAGAUAAAUGUUUGGCAGAUGGUGCAGAUGAAUACUUGCAGCUGGUGAGUCUCUGUGCUGUGGUGAUGCAGCAGCUAACACAGAACUCUUAAUGACUCCUGCAGCAUGGAGCAGCUUUUUGUUUCACAAGCGGCCAAGGUUCUGAGAAGCAGAGACCUGUGUACUUUUGUAUUGGGUUGGGGGUUUUUUGCAAUAAAAGGGCUGCUCAGCAGCUGGAAAAACU